UCUGCAAAUAGAUUGCUUCGACGAGAGAGGAGAGAGGAGAGAGGAGAGAGAAGAGAGGAGAGAGGAGAGAGAUGUCAGACCUGGAUAGGCAAAUAGAGCAGUUGAAGAAAUGCGAGCCUCUCCAGGAAUCUGAAGUGAAGGCUCUCUGCCUUAAAGCCAUGGAAAUCCUAGUCGAGGAGAGUAACGUUCAAAGGGUUGAUGCACCAGUCACUAUAUGUGGCGACAUUCAUGGGCAGUUCUAUGAUAUGAAAGAGUUAUUCAAAGUCGGUGGUGAUUGUCCAAAGACAAAUUACUUGUUUCUGGGAGACUUUGUUGACAGGGGAUUUUACUCUGUUGAGACAUUUCUGCUUCUUCUGGCCCUGAAGGUUAGGUAUCCAGAUCGCAUAACGCUAAUAAGAGGUAAUCAUGAGAGCCGUCAGAUCACUCAGGUAUAUGGAUUCUACGAUGAGUGCCUACGUAAAUAUGGCUCUGUUAAUGUGUGGAGAUAUUGCACAGAUAUAUUUGACUACUUAAGCUUGUCUGCUCUCAUUGAGAACAGGAUAUUUAGUGUCCAUGGCGGUCUCUCACCUGCCAUAUCCACAUUGGACCAGAUUAGAACAAUUGACCGGAAGCAGGAGGUACCCCAUGAUGGUGCCAUGUGUGACCUUCUAUGGUCAGACCCUGAAGACAUUGUUGAGGGUUGGGGUUUAAGCCCCCGAGGUGCUGGUUUCCUCUUUGGUGGCAACGUUGUUACUUCUUUUAACCACUCAAAUAACAUUGAUUAUAUUUGCCGUGCACAUCAGUUGGUUAUGGAGGGAUAUAAGUGGAUGUUUAAUAACCAGAUUGUUACAGUCUGGUCAGCUCCAAAUUACUGUUACAGAUGCGGCAAUGUGGCAGCAAUUCUUGAGCUGGAUGAGAACCUGAACAAGCAGUUCCGUGUGUUUGAAGCAGCUCCACAUGAAUCUAGAGGUGCUCCUUCCAAAAAACCUGCACCAGAUUACUUUCUCUGAGGACGCACAUCUGGAAGCUUUCAAUUGCCAUCUAAUACACAGGUUAAAGCAAAAGAUAUACUGAGAGUCAUGCAUGGAAGAUGUUCUUGUGUUGGAUAACCAUGGAAUCACUGGGUUGGCACUGCAAAGAAUUACUCAUUGAAUUGUCGAUGAGAUUGGUAAUACGGUGUUAUUGAUUUGUUUCCAGUGCUGGAUUUGCUGGUUUCUCUAUUUUUUUUCUUCCAUUUUCUUUGUUGGGGGAUAAUCAAUUUUCUUUAUUCUUUCUCCCCCUCUUUUUUUGGGUGUCUACUUGUAAGAACAAGAAUAUGGUGUAUCCCAUUAUAUGUCUGUGCACAUGAUAAAGAACUUGAAUACUCCUUAAAGGAGCAAGAAAAUCAGGAUCUAUCAAGAGGAAGUUUUGCUCCCAUCUCUGGGAAUAUGUAUGGUGAGUAUUGAAUUGUAACACGGAUUGGAUCCCUAGAA